GUGGGCUUUAUUUGUGUCUGCAAUCAUUUCACUGAAAGGAGAUUCCAGAAUUAGUUAUCUUUUGAACUCAAUGGUUUGCUUUUUAGAAUUAGCUUGUUACUCUUUUAAGAGUUUGUAAAAGCACGUCUUUUUUGCAUUUUACAAAAGCUAGUGAUGAUUAUCAUGAUAUGUGAGAACAUUUACAAGUCGUUAAGAUUUGUGAAUAUGCUUGGCCAAUUCUAGGUCUGGGAAUCAACUUUUAUUUGCAUAAUCAUAUUUGUUAGGAAAGAGGAACAAAAUUGAAGGGGGAUGCUAAUACAAUGGCAUUCAGAAUUUAAUUUGCUUGGCAAGCUUGAAGCCACCUGACUGCUUCAUUUAGAAUUCUGACAUAACCAAGCAAAAUUCUUAGUUGCACCACUGAUUUAGGCAACUUGUGCUAACCAUCAAUACUCUCCAAGUUGCAGCUGAUAUUCUUCGAUUUGUGGCACUAUAUUGAUUUGUAGUUGGAGCCAGUUUGCAAUCAUGGUGGGAAAAUCUCAAAAACUGAAAAACUAUGUUACUUCCAGUAUGGUUACCAAUAUUCGUUCAUAUGGCUGUCCUGUAACUUCCAAGCUUUUAGCUCAUACAUACUCUGGAGCCAGUGUAGAAGUUGUUUUCCUUGAGAAACCUUCAUCACUCACUAGAAUGAUGGAUUUUCAGUUAUCAUAUUCUGCUUGUAACUGGGGACAACCUACUUCAAUCAACAAGUACGGAAGGAUUGCAUGGUUGGUUAGAAGUAGUGCAGAUGGCAGAGGACUGAAUUCUUCUCCCACCAAUGACAACGGCAAUAGAACUCGACUUAUUAGGGCCAUUGAAUCUUUUCAAGUCAAACUGAAUGCAAGAAUAAAAGGGUUGAUGACAAAUCUUCCCAUGAAGUUGCUACUUUUGUUAAUUGGCUUUUAUUCUGCAACGGCAUUUGCGACAGUAAUUGGGCAGACUGGUGACUGGGAUGUUCUUUCUGCUGCAUUGGCAGUGGUCGUAGUGGAGGGCAUUGGGGCUCUCAUGUACAAAACAUUCUCUCCUUUUGUAGAUAAGGUAAAGGAUCUGAUUACCAUGCUCAAUUAUUGGAAAACUGGACUCACUCUUGGUCUUUUCUUGGAUUCAUUCAAGUAUUAGGUGGAACAGAAUUGACUAAUGACUGUGUACAUGAACUUUGGCAUUCUGAAGAUAAAAUACUCACUUGAACAAGAUCAAAUGAAAUGCUUUCCACACUUUUCCUCCUCAUUCGGGAAUGUAGAGGCAUAUUAUGCUACAUCUUCUGUGGAAGAUUUCUAUUGUUCAGUGUCACAGUGUAUCUCCUAUUUCAGUACAUCACUGUAAAGCUAAAUGUAAACAAACAGUUAAGAGUUGAAUGAAUGCUAGCAGUUCUAAUGAUGUUUCACUUCUAA